AUGGUGAGCGUUAUGCCGACAAGUCCAUCACCUUCUUGGCCCCAGCUGGCAAAGACCGGGCACAAUACAUUGCGCGUUGCGCCAGCGGCCAGGCGCCCACCCUGGCCUUCCCGCGUGGUCCACCCUCGGCCCUGCUGGCGGGGAGGCGCCAGCAACUCGUGGGCCACAACUCCACACGGCCUGCUGAGACCCUGCAACCCUUGGCUAGGAAGUCUGGAAUCCGACUGGACAACGACGUGCAUUUCAAAGAUGUGCCUGGCUUUGUCAGUUACUUGCACAAACUGCCCAGUGGAAGCACCGUUCUCGUCGCAUGGGAGCACAAGAUGA